UACCAGUUGCAAACGCUGUCCAUAUUGUCAACAUGGCGGACAAAAUGAAUUUUGCGGGAAUUUGCAAAAUAAUAAAAUACUUAACUGAUUCAGUUUCAUUUUAAUAUUAACGAAACUUUCAGAAAAGCUACAAAAUGAAAUGUGUGAUACCUGGACUAAACUUAAAAGUGUUUGGAAGAGCUAUCCACUCCUUGUCCAAGAUUGGAGAUGAACUCUACAUUGAACCCCAGGAAGAUGGACUGGCUCUUCGCACGGUCAACUCGUCCCGGUCAGCGUAUGCUUGUUUCCUGUUUUCACCCAGCUUCUUCCAGCAUUACGAUGACGGCUCUGGCCUCACCAGCUCGGAGGACAGCGAUGAGGAGGGGUUCCGCUGUAAACUGGGCAUGAAGUCCAUUCUAACAGUGUUCCGCUCCCUGUACACGAUAGAGAAGACUGUUGAGAGGUGUAAGAUCCAUCUGGACAGCGAGGAGUCACGCCUGGUCUUUCAGUUGCACUGUCGGCACGGUAUUGUGAAGACUCACAAUUUAGCUUUUAUAGAAUGUGAGCAACUGCAGGCUGUGUUCUCUAAAGACCUCUGUCCAAACAGGCUAACAGCUCCCUCAAAACUUCUUUGUGAUGUAGUUGUGAAUUUUCAACACAACCAGGAAGAGAUAACUCUGAUUGUGAAUCCCAACAAAGUAGCUCUGAAGAACUAUACCGAUGAUGAGCAAGACCAGGCCAAGGUCGUACACACAGAGCUGACCUUGACCCCAGAGGAAUUUGACAACUGUCAGGUCGGGGUCGACACGGAGAUCACAUUCUGCCUGAAGGAACUCCGGGCUAUUCUGGCAUUUACAGAGGUGACCAACUUACCUUUGAACAUCCAUUUUGAGACGCCAGGGAGACCAGUAGUGUUCACUGUAGACAGUGAUCAGACAUUCGAGGCCAGCUUUGUUCUAGCGACGCUGGCGGAAUCAGAAGUCGGAGCAUCACAGCAGCCGUCUCAAGUCCGGGGGAAGAAACAGACAAGACAUAACAACAGUAGCAAGAGGUCGUAUGCAAGUCAGAGUCAAACCCAUAAAGGAGGUCGGAGCAGGCUGACACAGAGUACCGCCUCUGCGUCCAGGCUAACCAAUGGCAUGUCACAUCACAGACCCAACACCAGCUCAGACCGAGGAGUUGCAGCAGAUCUGGAUGACACAGUGGAGGCUGAGGUAGAAAUUAAUGAAGCAACUAUCCAUCAUGGUGAUGCCAUGGAAACAGAACAGCCUGUCACCGAUGAAGGGGGUCGGCUGCAGGGGUCAAGGUCACCUAAACCUUCAGGGUCAACCGUGAGCGACCCCAGUCCUGUAAUCCCAGUGCAGAGUGAUAGACCUACAGACACAAGGGUUCCAGCAGAGGAAUCAGUACUACAAGACGUGGGAGAAGACGAGGAGGAGGAGGAGGAGGAGGAGCUGGUCCCAGGCACUCCCCCCAGCAAGAAGUUCCGCUCCCUGUUCUUCGGCCUGUCUCAGUCCCAGUCUACACAGAGUCAAGCCCCGCCCCAGCCCACCAGUGUCCUGGCGGCAGACACAGACGAGGAGGAUUAGGACGUCCAGCAGCAGUUUUAACCCGAGACUGUCAUCAGCACAUGAAAUUAUUGAGAAUUUUACUCUGUACAUAGUUGUACAAAGUCAUUGUUAAUAUAUGGAUUCAUGAUGUACAGGUUCAUUAAACUAUUGCAUCAGUCAA